AUGAAGUUCCUAGCGAUCAUUGCUCUUGUGUGUGCCUUAGCAGGCAUGGCCACCACAUCUGAUUGGAGCCAAGAUUCGACUACUUCGUAUCCUUACUGGACGGACACCACCACAGAAGCAGCAACUACUACUACUACGGCACCUGUACAACCACCCUGCGACGAGAAGAUCCAAGGACCUUGCGGCAAACUACUAAAGGGUGCCCAGAAAAUUUACUUCUUCUAUUGA